UGUUUACCUCGCGCUUCUGCUAGAGCCCAGGCAUCAGCUGGGAUAAGAAGGCUCCUAUUCGGAGUUUGUGUAGUAGUUCUUUGUGGCAGUGCGCACUUUGGAAACCUCAAAUGGCCAAAUUACUACAGUCUCCACCAAAGUUCCUGCGCUCAGAGUGGCUUGUUGCUAACAAGAACCAGUACCAUCAAGCAGAGGCCCAGAGGUCCAAGUCUGAACGCCUGGUUUCAGAAAGCCAGAGACUUGUGGAUGAAAUUGAAAAAAGCACAAGAAAAUCUCAAAGUGAUGUGAACAAGAAAAUAGAACAGAGACUUGAGGAAGUCAGGUUCUGGAAGAAGGAGUUAGAUGACAAACUUGAGCAGCUUGUGUAUGAAACUGAGGACCUGCUGUGUUAUCAGACCAGACUGGAGAAAGCACUGGAGAGCUUAAAAGAGCCCCUGCAUAUCACUCAGACCUGCCUGGCAUACAGGGAGAAGCGAAUUGGCAUUGACUUGGUGCAUGAUGAAGUGGAAGAAGAGCUGAUAAAGGAGGAUGAGAUCAUGCAGGGCGUGAAGUCCCUGCUGACCCGCACUCUGGAGGAGACAUCCGAGCAGAUCAGGCUGAACCGCUCUGCCAAAUACAGUCUUGAAAAAGACUUGAAGGACAAGUUUAUGGCCCUGACCAUCGAUGAUAUCUGCUUCUCACUCAACAACAACUCUCCAAACAUCAAAUAUUCUGAGAACGUCGUGAGGGUUGAACCAAACUCUGUGAGUCUGGAGGACUGGUUGGAGUUCUCCAACACCAACGUGGAGAAGGCUGACAAACAGAGGAAUAACUCCCUGAUGCUGAAGGCCCUGGUGGACCGAAUCCUGUCCCAGACAGCCAGUGACCAGCGCAGGCAAUGUGAUGUGGUGGACACAGCAUUCAAGAAUGGACUGAAGGAGACCAAGGAUGCCAGGGACAAGCUGGCUGCUCAUCUGGCUAAGGUCAUGGAAGAGAUUGCUUCCCAGGAAAAAAAUAUUACAGUUCUUGAAAAAGCCAUUCUUGACCAAGAAGGACCUGCCAAGGUGGCUCACACACGCCUGGAGACCAGGACACAUCGGCCUAACGUGGAGCUGUGUCGCGACGUUGCUCAGUAUAGACUGAUCAAGGAGGUUCAGGAGAUCACCAACAAUGUUGCAAGAUUAAAGGAAACAUUAGCCCAAGCUCAGGUGGAGCUGAAAGGGCUGAAUCGUAGACAGCUUGCCCUGCAGGAGGAGAUCCACAUCAAAGAGAACACCAUCUACAUCGAUGAGGUGCUGUGCAUGCACAUGAGGAAGUCCAUCCCCCCGCGGGAUGGGGACAGCCAGGGGUUGUGGGCCGGGGGCCUCUACCCUGAUGCUGUCUGCUAAUCGGAGGGCUUGUUCAGAUGUCAAUAAACCAUGUCAUAAACA